GGAAAAAUCUUCCCACAUCACAUAUGGGCAUAUGACGGAAAAUAAAAAAACAGAGGAGGCUACGUCAAGCAGGUCUUUCUCCAAGAUUGAAAAAAGGGAAAAGCGAAUCUGCGGCGGUGGAUUAGCAGAGGCCGCUGUGCCCUGCCUGUCAGCUGAUCGGUUCUGAGAGAUGGGCUGAAGGAACCUGCCCACUCCCGGCUCAGAUCGUGGAGAAAGCAGGACAAUCUUGAUGACAGCAGUUCUGCUACCAGAUAAGAUGAAAGCAAACCAAGAGAAAUUCUGUGGCCGAGAAAGAGAAUUUGUAUAUAAAUUCAAUGUAGGAAGCCAGUGCUUUGAACUUACAGUGCCUCUGAAAUUUCCUGUUCAAGAGAACCCAAGUAACUUGCAUGGACGUCUGAUGCUUCUCCACAAUUUACCUUGCUUCAUAGAAAGUGACUUAAAAAAAUCUCUGAGUCAGUUUAUAGAGGAAGAAUCUCUAAGAGACUAUGAUAGAGAAGCUGAGGCUGCACUAGAAGCUUUGAAAUCUGGUGAAGUUGAUGUGCACCAGCUGACAAGUGCAUGGGCAAAAACUUACGCUGAGACCACAUUAGAGCAUGCAAGACCUGAAGAGCCAAGCUGGGAUGAAGAUUUUGCAGAUGUCUACCAUGACCUAAUCCAUUCUCCUGCCUCUGAAACUCUCUUAAAUUUGGAGCACAAUUACUUUGUUAGCAUCUCAGAACUUAUUGGAGAAAGAGAUGUGGAGCUGAAAAAGUUACGAGAAAGGCAAGGUGCGGAAAUGGAUAAAGUAAUGCAGGAACUGGGUAAGUCACUUACAGAUCAGGACGUAAAUUCAUUGGCUGCUCAACAUUUUGAAUCCCAACAGGUCUUAGAGAAUAAAUGGACCAAUGAGCUAAAACAGUCGACCGCCAUCCAAAAACAGGAAUAUCAGGAAUGGGUAAUAAAGCUGCACCAAGACCUAAAAAAUCCAAACAACAAAUCUAUCAGUGAAGAAAUUAAAGUUCAGCCCAGUCAGUUCAGAGAAUCUGUAGAAGCAAAUGGAAGAAUUUAUGAAGAUCAAAGGAAGUUAGAAGAAAGCUUUACCAUUCACUUAGGAGCCCAGCUGAAGACCAUGCAUAAUUUGAGAUUACUGAGAGCAGACAUGUUAGACUUCUGUAAACACAAACGAAAUCAUCGAAGUGGUGUAAAACUCCAUCGGCUGCAGACAGCACUCUCGCUCUAUUCAGCAUCUCUCUGUGGCCUCGUUUUAUUGGUAGAUAAUCGCAUCAAUUCAUACAGUGGUAUUAAAAGAGAUUUUGCCACAGUUUGUCAAGAAUGCACUGACUUCCAUUUUCCUCGGAUUGAAGAGCAGUUGGAAGUUGUCCAGCAGGUGGUACUUUAUGCUCGAACCCAACGCAAGAGUAAAUUGAAGGAACCAAAUGAUUCAGGAAACCGGAAUGGAGGAAGUGAUGAUAAGGCUAAGAAUAUUGAACGAAACUAUUCAAAUAUUUUGCCUGGAGAAUUUUAUAUUACCCGGCACUCCAAUCUCUCUGAAAUCCAUGUGGCUUUCCAUCUCUGUGUGGAUGACAAUGUGAGAUCUGGUAACAUCACAGCUCGUGAUCCUGCCAUAAUGGGCCUCCGAAAUAUUCUAAAAGUUUGCUGUACUCAUGACAUCACAACAAUUAGUAUUCCUCUCUUGCUGGUGCAUGAUAUGUCAGAGGAAAUGACUAUACCAUGGUGCUUAAGGAGAGCAGAACUUGUGUUUAAAUGUGUGAAAGGUUUCAUGAUGGAAAUGGCUUCAUGGGAUGGUGGGAUUUCUAGGACUGUACAGUUCCUGGUACCGCAGAGUAUUUCUGAAGAAAUGUUCUACCAGUUGAGUAACAUGCUCCCGCAAAUCUUCCGAGUGUCAUCCACUCUCACAUUGACAUCUAAGCAUUAAACUCUGCUUGGCCAGCAAGUUAUGAAAGUGGGUUAUUAAACGUUCUGUGUUUGAGGCAACACUGGAAUUAUCUGAAAGCUUAGGUGAUGAGAAUGUAACUGUACUGACAUAAGUCAGCAUUUGCUACAUGAACCAUUGUUCAGUUUUUAAUUGACACAUUGACAUUUAAAAAUCUACUCCUGUGAUCAGUCCCUAAAACACCUUAAUGAGACCAGUUGUUAUAUGUGGAUUAUAUGUAUACUGCACAUUUUGCUUUCAUCAGUUGAAAAGUCUUAUUUGUUACACAUGGACCCUUCAUGUAGGAAGCUAACUGCAUCUUUUUUUUUUUUGGUGGGGGUGGCAGGGAGGGAAGACAUAACAUUUUGUGACCUUGGAAAGAUCUAAGUUAUAUUAGAUAUUAAUUAGAUCUUUCCCUCUUGGUAAAAUAAUGAAGCAUUUAAAUAUCAGUCAUGUGCAAGGCUUAACUGAAAAUGAAAUACCCCUUAUACAGUACUUACCAAAUAAAAAUGAAAAUAAACUGAAAUAUUAGUAACAAA